AUGGGUCCUGUGGCAAUGGGCUUCCAGCAGGACUGGCUGUGUGGACAACUUUCCAUCUUGAGGCAGCGUUUGACAGGGACCUCAGGCAUGGUGGGACACCAGGUGGCCAGGAUGGUUGGCCCCUGGCUGCCUGGGAUUCCUCUUGGGACACAGUCUGUGCCUGCCUUGGUCACGGAUCCGAGUCCCGUGAGGGACGCGCGUCGAUACCUUGGCCUUGGAUGGCUGGGGCUGAUGGCGGCGCACGGGUGCUGGGGCCGUCAUCAGGAGGUGGGGGUUUGCUCACCACGUGCCGCUGUGAUGUCUGCUCUCCUAAGGCCGCCUCUUGCUGUGCUUCCGCGACUGUGUGCUCUGCCAGCAGGUCUGUCUGCAGUUUCUUGA